AUGAGAACCCACACUGGAGAAAAACCGUUUAAGUGUGAUCAGUGUGGGAAAGCCUACAGCUCAAGCUCUUACCUUACGCGUCACAAGAGAAUUCAUACUGGGGAGAAGCCCUAUGAGUGCCGUGACUGUGGAAAAACCUUCCGAGAUAGCUCACUUCUCAGACAACAUUCAGGGACUCAUUCAGGAGAAAAACCCUACAAAUGUGAUCAAUGCACCAAAACCUUCAGUAGAAGCUAUAGGCUUACCAUACACCAGAUGACACAUACUGGUGAGAAACCCUAUACGUGCAAUGAUUGUGGGAAAACCUUCAGUAUUCUCCCAUAUUUUAAAAGACAUAAGAGAAUCCACACUGGAGAGAAGUCCAUUGAAUGUAGCCAUUGUGGUAAAGCCCUGAGUAGUAAGUCAUCUCUUAAGAUACACCUGCGGAUACAUACUGGAGAGAAACCUUACAAGUGUGAUAAGUGUGGGAAAGCUUUUAGCCUGAGCUCCAACCUUAUCACGCACAAGAAAAUUCAUACUGGAGAGAAACCCUGUAAGUGCAAUGACUGUGGGAAAGCUUUCAGGGAUCGUUCAUGUCUUAAAGAACAUGUGAGAAUUCACACUGGAGAAAAACCCUUUACAUGUAAUCAAUGUGGAAAAGACUUCAGAGUGAAAUCUUUCCUUGUUUUACACAAGAAAAUUCACAUGAAAAUGAUACAUGAAUGUAAGGAAUGUGGGAAAACCUUCCGUGGUCUCUUAUCUCAUAGGAGGCAUAUGAAAAUCCAUACCAGGGACAAGAAACCUUUUAAGUGCAGUGAGUGUGGAAAAGCUUUUACCAGGCAUGUGUCCCUUAAAGUACACAUGAGAACUCACACUGGAGAGAAACCCUAUGAGUGUAAUCAAUGUGGAAAAUCCUUCAAUGUUAAGUGUAAUCUCAUUGUGCACAAAAGAAUACAUACUAAAGAAAAACCCUAUAAAUGCAAUGUCUGCGGGCAAGGUUUCAGUAAAUCCUUACCCCUUCGGCGUCAUGAGAGAACUCAUGCUCAAUAA